UCUGCCUCCCUCCCACUGUGGGAGAGAGUUAAAGGCUUCCAGCCGCAGGGGUGUGUGUUUGCAGGUCAAGCUGGGAACUCAAGGGUAAUGGCUGCCUUUGGCCACUUAGAGACUUAAUUGCUCAGUAAUUUGGGGGUGUUGUGAGGAGCAACCAAGGACUAAGGAACCAGAGUAUUGAGAGCGCUCUGCUGUCCUGCAAACGGAGCCUUUCUGCCACUGGAUGCAGCUUGUUUCCAGAAGCCUCUCACCAUGAUCGAUAGCUCCAAGAAGCAGCAACAGGGCUUCUCAGAGAUUUUAACUGCUGGUGAUUUUGAACCUUUCAAAGAAAAGGAAUGCCUUGAGGGGAGCAACCAGAAAAGUCUUAAGGAAGUGCUCCAACUGAGGCUGCAACAAAGGAGAACAAGAGAACAACUAGUGGACCAGGGCAUCAUGCCACCAUUGAAGAGCCCAGCAGCAUUCCAUGAGCAGAUAAAAAGCUUGGAGCGAGCUAGAACGGAAAACUUUUUGAAGCACAAGAUUCGAAGCCGACCAGACCGUUCUGAGCUUGUCAGGAUGCACAUCUUAGAAGAAACAUUUGCAGAGCCAUCCCUGCAGGCUACUCAGAUGAAGUUGAAAAGAGCACGGCUAGCUGAUGAUUUGAAUGAAAAGAUUGCUCAGAGGCCUGGUCCCAUGGAGCUGGUAGAGAAGAACAUCCUGCCUGUGGACUCCAGUGUAAAGGAAGCAAUUAUAGGCGUGGGGAAGGAGGACUACCCCCACACUCAGGGGGAUUUCUCAUUUGACGAAGAUAGCAGUGAUGCAUUGUCUCCAGACCAGCCGGCCAGCCAGGAGUCUCAGGGGUCAGCUGCAUCCCCGAGUGAGCCAAAAGUUAGUGAAUCGCCAUCUCCAGUGACUACAAACACUCCAGCCCAGUUAACUUCAGUGUCUCCAGCACCUCCUGAAUUCUUGAAAACUCCUCCAGCUGCAGACCAACCUCCCGCAAGGUCCACAGCUCCCAUCCUGCCCACAACUACUGUGUCCUCAGCAAAGCUUGGGCCAACACUGGUGAAGCAAAGCCAUCCCAAGAAUCCAAACGACAAACACCGUAGCAAAAAAUGCAAAGAUCCAAAACCCCGGGUAAAGAAGCUAAAAUACCACCAGUACAUUCCACCAGACCAGAAAGGGGAGAAGAGUGAGCCCCAGAUGGACUCCAACUACGCCCGGCUGCUCCAGCAGCAGCAGCUCUUCCUGCAGCUGCAGAUCCUGAGCCAGCAGCAGCAGCAGCAGCACUACAACUACCAGACCAUCCUGCCCGCGCCCACCAAAAAUGAUAAGAACAACAGUACUACACCCAGCACAUCCAGGCAGAGUACAGCUGCACCUGUGAGAAAGCCAGGACCUCUGCCUUCUAGCCUGGAUGACUUAAAGGUGUCAGAACUGAAAACAGAACUGAAAUUGAGGGGACUGCCAGUAUCCGGCACCAAACCAGAUCUCAUUGAGCGCCUAAAACCCUACCAAGAAGUGAACAAUAGUAGCCUUACUGCUGGUAGUAUUGUAGCAGUGUCCUCAGCAGCCAUUGUCACCAGUAACCCAGAAGUCACUGUGGCAUUGCCAGUCACAACACUACAUAACGCCGUUACUAGUUCUGUCUCCACUUUCAAGGCAGAAUUAUCACCUGCUGGACCCAAUGGUGUGACCCAUGUUGAUAAUGUCCAUUCCCCUCUGCCCAUCUCACCAUCACCCUCUGAGCAGUCCAGUCUCAGUACUGAUGACACGAAUAUGGCAGACACCUUCACCGAGAUCAUGACCAUGAUGUCCCCCUCACAGUUCUUGUGUUCAUCCCCCUUGAGAGUGUCAAGCCAUGAGGAUAGCCUGAGCCCUAGCAGCAGCACCCUGUCUACCUUGGAACUGGACGCUGCUGAGAAGGACCGCAAGCUUCAAGAGAAGGAGAAGCAGAUUGAAGAACUUAAGAGAAAACUGGAGCAAGAGCAAAAGCUUGUGGAGGUUCUAAAGAUGCAACUUGAGGUCGAAAAGCGAGGGCAGCAGCGGCCACCAGACCCCCAGCCCAGCGUCCCUACACACCCCAUCGUGGCAUCAGAUCAGAAACACAGCAGUGUUGGGUCCUCCAUCAAAGACGAGGCCUCACUCCCUGACUGUUCCAGCCCCCGGCAGCCCAUCCCAGUGGCCAGCCACUCAGUAAGCCAGCCCGUUUCCACGGGUAGCCAGACCCUUGUUGCCAAAAAGGCUGUGGUCAUCAAGCAAGAAGUCCCUGUGGCCCAAGCAGAACAGCAGAGUGUUGUCUCACAGUUCUAUGUGAGCUCCCAGGGACAGACGCCUGCCCUUGUUGCUCAGCCACAGGCUUUACUGACCACGCAGACCACUCAGCUGCUGCUGCCAGUAUCCAUCCAGGGCUCAAAUGUCACCUCAGUGCAACUCCCAGUAGGCAGCCUCAAACUUCAGACUCCAGCACAAGCAGGAAUCCAGACUCAGCCCCAGAUAGCUACUGCUGCAUCGAUAGCAGCUACAGCCUUGCCAUCCAGCUUAGCCCCCACCAUACCUCAGAAGCAGGAUGCCUUCCCACAGCAUGUACUGGGCCAGCCUCAACCAGUCAGAAAGGUCUUCACAAAUUCUGCACCAAACACAGUCCUUCCAUAUCAAAGACAGCCUUCCCCAGCGGCUCAGCAACCCUUUGUCAGUAAGACCCCCAAUUCCAUUCUUCAAUCCAGAAGCACUCCACUUCCACCCCUGCAAAAUGGACCUACCCUGCCCAGCAAGCCCAGCUCACCCCCUCCACCCCAGCAAUUUGUUGUUCAGCACUCUCUUUUUGGGACCCCAGUCACCAAGACAAAAGACCCACCCCGCUAUGAAGAAGCCAUCAAGCAGACACGCGGUGCACAACCAUCCCUUCCAGAGGUUUCCAACGCACACAGUCAGCAUAUGGACGACCUCUUUGAUAUUCUCAUAAAGAGUGGAGAGAUUUCCCUCCCUAUAAAAGAAGAACCUUCUCCAAUUUCUAAAAUGAGACCAGUGACAGCCAGCAUCACCACAAUGCCAGUCAACACAGUGGUGUCUCGGCCACCACCUCAAGUCCAAAUGGCACCACCUGUAUCCUUAGAACCUAUGAGCAGCUUAUCUGCCAGCUUAGAGAACCAGCUCGAAGCCUUCUUGGAUGGAACUUUACCUUCGGCCAGUGACAUUACUCCUCUUCAGAGCAGCAGCGAGGAUAGAGAGCCCUUCUCUCUAAUUGAGGAUCUACAGAAUGACCUGCUGAGUCACCCCAGUGUGUUGGACCACUCACACUCACCCAUGGAAACUUCUGAGGCCCAGUUUUCAGCAGGUACCCCCUGUCUAUCUCUCGACCUGUCAGAUUCUACCCUGGACAACAUGGAGUGGCUGGACAUCACCAUGCCCACCUCAUCCUCAGGGCUCACUCCUCUCAGCGCCACCACACCAAGCAUGUUCUCUGCUGACUUUCUGGACCCACAGGACCUUCCACUGCCAUGGGACUAACAUUACAGAUCACUUUUCCCAAAGCUUGUGAGGUUUCAGAACAUGCAGAUAGUCCUGGGAGGUUUCAGAGCUAGAGCUGCAGUUGCUCUGUUGUAUUAAAAUACAUUGUCAGGUCAUAGCCAGGAACCUGAGUGUGAAAGCACUUCACUGCUAUCAGCAGUGAAUCUACAACUUAAUUCAGCACAAGCCACAGAGCCCAAGAGAUCCCAUGUUUCUCCAGACUGCAGUGAAAAGCGAAAGUACCUUUAGAUAAAAGCCGAGGGCAAUGCCACUGCAAGACAUGACACUAAGGGUCCUCUGAUUAUCAGCUACGUUGAAACCUCUGGUCACCUCACGGCCCUGACGAAAGGCAGGCAGCUCUACUCAGAACACAAGGCCAAGGCCACCAGAAGGGAGGGGAGAGGCCACUGCAUGUGUACUCCCCAAAGACGGCCUGAGUUGGGCCAAGACACAGCAGGGGUCAAAGGCAUCCAAGCAUGCUGACCAGUCUGAGGACUUUCAGCUCCAUUCAGAAACCUCUGUAGUUUUUUGGGUUGUAGGUUAUUUUGUGAGUUUGUAAUCUAAAUGGCUGAUCUUGCACCAUAAGCAGAAGUCUAUAACAUACUGUCAUCAAACAGUCCACUGUACAAAGUCCAGGUCUGUAGUUACACUGAACAUUCUACUAGAACCCUCAAAAACAGUGAGCUUGGUUCUUGUGUGUGCUCUGACUCUGUGACCUGUACUACAUAUGGUAGGAUAAGCAGUGUCCACUGGGCUGACUUCUGUGAUAACAAAUAUUUCUAAAGCACUUGAGCCACAUGUAUGUCCGUAUUCCAAGAGUUUCUGACUAGCUUUCAGGUAACCAGGCAUCUCAAAGAACCAAGAAGCGGCGUGAAAUGCCUUUCUGAGCUGGUGCAUUAGAAGAAUAGAAGGCAUCAUAAAGUGUGUCAUGAUCCCAGGACAUUCCCACCUCAAGCACAGGUUAGACUGUGCUGCAAGGCCGGCCAGCCGCCAAGCCCAGCACUGGCUGUCUCCCUGCUGCUAAUCCCUGUCUCAUUUUAUAGGCUUGUAACUGGAUGUCCUGCCUGAGCUCUCACUAUGUCCUGAAGAAUUAAGAUUUAAAACUGGAGAUUUUUUUAAUACAGAAAAAAAAAAUCACCUGUGUUGAAUACGAUUUUCUAAAAUGCCAACUAUCGUGGGAUUUCUGCAGUUCUUUACAUCUUGUCUUUUAAUUAUCAGCAAAAUGCAAACCCCUGACCAGAGGGUGAGGAGGUACAUAAAUAAUCACAUUGUGCUAUCUGCCUCCCCUUUGUAAUUCUGGGCCAGGUAGGCUCCCAGGGGCUCUGCCUGGUGACUCCUCAAGAGGGAUGUGCAAGAGGCAGCCUCACCCAUCAUCUGGAGAGACUCUGUGAAUGACUUCUGAGAUUGCAUUUUGCCUAAAAGAGAUCUUUCGGUUUUUAUAUGUUUAUAAAUCUCACUACAUGUCAGAACAGCUCACACACCUGGUAUUAGCACACGGAAGCCUCUGAUUGGCACCGCUUCACUGAAAGCCUGAUGAUUGGGUGGGCAGGGAUCACUGUGCUCCAUGUAGUCUGCUGUGAGUAGUGUAAAUGUCAAGAAGCUGGGAGACAGUAAAUCUGACAGCCAGACACACCCAUCAUUGACCAAACCCAGUGCACGCUCCCUUGCUGGAUGUGGUGGGAUUCAAGCUAGGUCUGACACAGGCUCACGUCUCUAGGGCUGAGCUGUACACUUGGGAUAUACUUUUUCUAAGGGAGUUUUAGCCUUGGAUAUUUCGUGGAGGGCUUCUGUCUGGGGCGUCCCAGGUCUAUUCUUGGACUCCAAGCACCCUCCUUUCAGAUUUGAAUGGAUGGUUAAAUUAGCACCAGGGAGCAGUGGGACUGUGAGAGGUAUGUGAACACUCAGUGCUGUAACUUGUUUUCAUAAUCUUGAGUUACGAACACGGAUAGCUUUCUAGCCCUUGGGUUCCUUUAUUACUUUUUAAAUUGUCACAGAAAGGUUGCUCUCCAAACACAGUGUUGUCUGCUUGCACUGAACUGCUCAGUGUCUUCCUUGUGUGGAAAGGCUGUGAUCUGCCAGUGUCUCAUUUCUCAGAAGCAGCCAUCCCCCUGCACCAUUUCUUGGCCCUGUGCUCCUGACUCAAGCAGCCAGUGGGAUCCUCUGACACAUGGUGCCUCUUUCCCUCAUGUUCUGGGUAGGAGUGAGCAUACCGAAACACCCUCGGCCCGUCAGUGAGCACAGCAGGAGAGGGUGUGUAAAAAGAGGACUUGUGUGUGAGGAUAGUUCCACAGCAACUAGAGAACAGGUCAUGCACAGGUUGGAUGUUCACUAUGCACAUGUAUAAUGUAGACUUGGUACUGUCGUCUACUGUGUUGAAUGUUGUUCACUGUGCAUGUGUGUACUAUAGAGCACAGAUCAGGUGCAGGUUGAAUGUCAUGAUGCAAGUGUGUAGUGUAGAACACAGGCCAAGUGUGGGUUGAGUGUCACGGUGCAUUGUGUACAGUGUAGACUUAGUACUGUUGUCUACUGCGUUGCCAACAAAUCACUUGUCUUAUUUUCCAGCACAGUCUCAGAAAUCAGUGCGAGCAGCCUUACUGUGCACAGGUAUCAGGUCAUCAUAUUGGGUGAGGUGGGGUAGAUGGAAAGAUUACAGUUUCCAAAAAGCCUUUAGAUAUGGAGGGGCCAUAGGCAUCUUGUGCACUUCAACAAAGCACCACUUCUUCUGGAGCAUCUCAAGACAGUGCCUGUGGCUCACAUGCUCAUGUGUCUUGUGAGAUGUGCAAGCUACUGUGUAGGAUUUGUCACACGUUUGCACACAUAGAUGUCUUGAAUUAAUGGAACUUUAUAAUAGGGUACUAAUUGCAUUUGCUUCAUGAAUACUUUUUAAUGCUAAGAGAUCUUAAUAUUUAAAUUUCCUCUUCACUGUUCUGUGGCACCCUGACUGAUCUGAAAGUUGCUGAGGAGCAGUGGCUGAGGUGUGCUCUGCUGCAGACUUCUCCCAGAGGCAGAGUCAGGGAGCUAGGGUUGCCACCAGGCUGUGCAGUCAACAGACACUGAGGAACAGGUGACAGUGUUAUCCAUUUUGUCACCAAAUUUGACUUGGGCUUCUCCUGCCCUUAGUCCCCAAUCCAUUCCAGGCAGUGUAGCUUUGCUGUCCUCAAACAGACUUGGCCCCAGAGAAAUGUCAGAGCACUUGGACAAAGUUGAAUGUAUUUGAGAGGAGCCCAUGUUUUAUCUGCACUUUCAGCCAUUCCCACAGCAGCCAGCAUCAGAAGCAGCCACUGUCUAGAGGCUGGGACUAAGACGGGAGAUGAGCUCUGUUGAUUGACACCUGCAGGCAGAGAAGCACCAGCCAGUCAGAGUACACACUCACCUACAGCCCCUCUUCCUCGUGCCCAUACUGCACACAAGAAUACCAAGUACUGGUCACAAAGAACACCAAGUAUGGGGCAUUCCCCAGCCCCCGAGGACAGUCAGCCCAGAUGGCCCAAGCACACAAACUGGAAGGUCAGGUGUACUAAGGAAUAUGCUUGUGACUGCAUGAAGUUUUAUGUUAGGAGCUUCCUAAAAUUUCAGUUCAUCUUAAGUGAUUUCCAUCAAAACUGGAAAAUAGCAGUUCAGUUGUAGCCAUUUUUGUUUCCUGGUUCAAACCUUCAGCCACUUGCCCAUUCAGCAGUCUUUCUGGGCUCCAUUUUUAUUUCUAAGAUGACUCUGUGGCACUAAGUAGCUCCUCACUUUCCCUACUCACCUUUCUCGCAGUAUCUGAGGAAAUGAAUCCUUAUCCUUAUAGGGAGUUUCUACCUAAAAUCUUUCCUUUAAGGCCUGUCAUUCAAGAGGCUGCACAUGUUUACAGAAGAGCUCUUCCCUCCGUGCACAUCACUGCUCUGCAGUGCAUGAGUGGAGAUCAUCAUGGGCUUACGACAGCAGUGUGGCAGUCUCAGAUCUAAAAGGUGCUGUCUGGAGUCAACUAAGAUGUGUCAUUGGAAACAUGGACCCAGCUACUGUCAUGACACAGAGCUUGAUGCCAAUUACUAAGACAAAGCUUUAACCGAGACUCACAGAACUCAUCAUCGUUACCUCUCUGCAUGACACUGCGAGAACCUUGCUCAUUGGCAGGAAGAGGAAGUGUUUAGGAAAGGGUUUAGUCUCUACCAAAAGUACCUGACCUCAACCAAUAGUGAUGCAAAAUGCUUUAAAGGAACCAAAGGCAUUGCCAAGUAUUUGCCAAAAGGAGGCACUUUUUUAUUUAAAGUUUGAGACUAGUGAGCUCUCAAGUCAGUCCCAAAAAGGUAUUAUCCAUUUAAGGUUAUUGUUUUCACAAAGAUGUAGAUAUUUCUCGAUUGUUUCCAUGUAAAAUAGUAUAGAGUUGUUUUGUUGGUUUAAGAAUAACACUUGGUAGUAAUGCGUUUUCCCUUUCUUUGUAGAAAUUAGUUUUCUUGCUUGCAAUAGAAAUGCAAUGUGGCAGGUGUUUCUCUUCUUAUUUUCAUUGUCACAUUAUGUUUCAGCAUCUCACUUUAUGAAAAAGAGGAGAAAGAUACCAGUCAACAGAGCCUGCUUAUUAAUGCUAGUUUCAUGAAUAAGAAGUGACGGCAGUUGGGGUCCAUUUGUGUAUUGCCUUUAUGUUGUUUUUUUAAAAGAAAAACCAUGAUGCCUUUGUACUUGCUGUUUGCACCCCUGGAGUCAAUUCCGUAUCAUGUUUGAAUGCCAUAUGUUUGCACAUGUACUGUACAUAGGUAAGGCACACUGUAUUUUCAUGUGUGCACAUCUGUUACCAGAUCUUUUGUACAUACUGGCAGUAUCAUAGCUGAUCGGGAAAUGUUUGAUAUCUCAGCGAUUUUGCAUUUUUGUGUCUCAAAUAAAAACAUUUUGAAGUA